AUGGAAGAAGCAGGAGAUCUUUGCAUUGCAGAUUCAACAAUAAAGAAGCAGCAAGAGAGGAUAGGAAGCACAGGUCCACAAAAUUUAAGAAGCAGGAGAUCUUUUCAUUGCAGAUUCAACAAUAAAGAAGCAGCAAGAGAGGAUAGGAAGUACAGGUCCACAAAAUUUAAGAAGCAGGAGAUCUUUGCAUUGCAGGUUCUCAAGUACAGCUUCUCCUUCAGCAAGAACAGUGAUCUGCACAGUAGUCACAUCACCAAAUCUCACUCAAAAGCUCUUGAGACAGUCAGAGGCAGCAGUGCCUCAGAUGAUCUUACACUGCGGUUAUUUAGCUAUGAGGUUCAAGAUUUAGACACCUGUACUUCUCAUCUAAAGACAUCUUUAAAGAGCAUCCACAAGGUGAUACAGAAGGCCAAUGAAAUUUUGUGUGGUAUCAGCCAGCCCUCUGUAUGCAGUGAAGUACUGAUGUCCUCUCGGGGGACUGAUUACAUCUCAGGUGUGAUUGAAGUGUAUAGAGUAUCGAAAAGAAUGGAAGGAGGAAUGAAAGCAUUCAAUAUUGACUGUGAGAGGUUACAACUUGUACUAAGGGACAUUGAAUUAGCUUGGAAUAAUUUACAGGCCUUUCUGUCCAUGUCUCCCAGUGUACUUCAGAAACUGCCCUCCUCAUCAGCUUUUGAUUAUGAGACUAAAGAAAUGCCGUGCGACUCAAGGCUUUGUCUUCAAAGGUGCUGUGGUGUAUGUCUGCUGGACAGAUUGGACCAACAGGUCCCACCAGAGCCCAUUGGGAACAUGCUGGAGUUUGGGGGACGCCUCUAUCACCCAAGCUGUGCCAACUUUUGGCUACACUGUGUGGACUCCAGUCUGCCUGUAUUAUCUUGUCACAGUAACUGUUCAGUUUGUGUUAAACUAAAGGAAGAGAUAAUGUGACCUAAUGGAAUUUCAGGCCAUCUUAUUUAUUUU